AUGUUAUGCGUUGGAUUCGUCCAUUUCUUAUGGCACCCAUUGUUGCCCAUUAGUGAAUGGAUACACGAUGAUUUAUUCGAAUUGUCGCCUUUGAUUGAUGGACAUAACGAUUUCCCAAUAUGGAUCCGGGCUUUCUACCAAAAUCAUAUUUACCAAGAAAACUUCACUCGGGAUCCAGAGCUCUAUGGACAAGUUGAUUUCCCAAGGCUUCGCCAAGGCCGUCUCCGAGGUCAAUUCUGGAGUGAAGCAGAUAAUUAUUCAGACGAUGUUUACCGGGAAAUAGUCCACGACACGCUUCAGCAAAUCGACCUCGUACAUCGUCUCAUAAGAGAGUAUCCUGCAUACCUGCAAGGCGCAUAUACAGCCUCCGAUAUUCGGGGAACCUUUAAAUCGGGAAAAAGGAUUGCGUCGUUGCUGGGAAUUGAGGGUCUGCAUCAGAUCGGCGGAAGUGCAAGUAUCUUACGCAUGUACUAUUCUUUGGGUGUCAGGUAUGCUACACUCACUCAUACUUGCCACAAUGCCUACGCCGAUAGCGAAGAGCCCGCCAUGGCUCUUCACGAUGGGCUAUCCAAAGCAGGACGCUUUAUGAUUAAGGAGAUGAACCGGCUUGGCAUGAUCGUGGACCUAUCACAUACUAGCUUUGCAACUCAACGCGAUGCUCUUGCCGUAUCGGCCGCACCCGUCAUGUUCUCACAUUCGAAUGCGUAUGGGCGAUGCAACCAUACAAGGAACGUACCCGACGAUGUUUUACGGGAGGUCAAGAAAAAUGACGGCAUUGUUAUGGUGACGUUCUAUCCUUCUUUUUUGGAGGAUGAAGCGGUCAGUGCGUCGAUUGAAUCGGUCGUGGAUCACAUCCAGUAUAUAGGUACCGCAAUUGGAUACAGGCAUGUUGGGAUUGGCUCGGAUUUUGAUGGCAUGGAAGCAGGUCCUCGAGGACUGGAAGAUGUGACCAGAUACCCGAAUCUUGUUGAGGAGCUCCAAAACCUAGGGGUUCAAAGAGAUGAUAUAUUAGGAGUCAUGGGUCUAAACAUCAUUAGGGUCUUGGAGAGUGUCGAGGAAGUUGCUUCCUCAAUGCGCUAUAUCCGAACACUCGAGGAUGACGUAAAACCUUUCUUUUGA